AUGCGUGAUAUGUUCCAUGGUUGGCGGCCUUGUGCGUUGGCCCUCUUCUUGCUUGUAGCAAGAGGGCAAGAUGCCUGCGAGGCAGACUCACGGUGUGCAGCCGUGAAAGAUGCCUAUCGACACGAGGCUUCCGGCCUCCUGCAAACAGAUGCCUCCCGAAGAGUAGUUCGCAUUGAUUCGCAGGGCGACUCGCGGGUAGAGGAGGAGGCCCUGGCCCGGCCCAAACAGCCGGUCAGUGACGAGAGCGGCAAGCCUUCUAGACAGGCUAAGACUGCCACAAGCAAGGUAGGUAUCAACUUGUCCGUCAAGUGGAUGAAGCAGCCUCUGCCUGUCAGUCAGGCCAUUGCUGCUAUACCCCGGAUACAGGAGCAUUUGGGUCUGUUGCGCCCCAUCGAGCGUGUCAAGACUUACGACCUUGCACCAUCCAAUCGCGAGAUUGUUGAGGAGCUCGUGCGGCAAUCUAGCAAGACAGAUGGCUCGAACAUUGUGGACAUCAAGGAACUUGUGAUCGGCAUUGGCAACAAGGAACUUCCGUUCGUGGACAUGGACUGGCUCCGAAGUGUUGCUGAUGACUUUAAAGGCUCCCUUCACAUUGCGAUUGGCAAUGAGCCGGAUCGAAGUGGUGUCCACUCGGAUCGCGUGAUCGAAGUGAUCAAGGCCAUAAGAGCAGAAAUCCCGGAAGCGCAAGUGACCGUGCCGUUCGCAUAUUCGAUUAUGCACAGAAGUCAUCCCGUGCAAAAGUCAAAAUUGGAAGCUGAGUUCAUCGAAAAGUACAAAGAUGUCCUGCCCCUGUUGGACUACUUCACGAUCAAUAUUUAUCCCUUCUUGAGCUGUGGGGUUCGAGGGGUAGCGAUGGAAAAUCUGACUGGCCCGGAGAUGCAUUUCCUGAACGACCAGAUCUCUGCACUCCGUAUUGCUCUGGAUCGUGAUUUCCCACAUAACAACCUGCCCCUUGCGAUUGGUGAGACAGGAUGGCCCACAUGUGGGGCUGCCCGUGCCUUUCCAUAUGCCUAUGCCACACUCGACCAUGCAAACCGCUUCGUCCGAAACGUGGCCCGUUGGAUGGAGUCUAGCCUGUCCGACGGGCGCAUCGUAUCGGGCCAGCUGUUCACUGCUUUCGACGAGGAAACCAAGGGCACCCGACCCAGUGAAAGGUACUACGGAAUCUUGACAUCCAAAGGCGAAAUCAAAAGCGAGUUUUCGUGCGUCAGCAAUGCCACCGAGCCUUCACAAGCCUGGCUGGAAGAGCUUUAUCCAGACUGCGAGAGUGAUCUAGACUGGAUGGUGAAGAACUUCGACAAUCCCUAUUUGCAGGAGAAAUUUGCUGCCCGAAAGCAGGCAAACAGGGCCGCGGCCUUAGUCGUUGCAAGCUUGCGGGCCCAGUGUGGGCCGCUGUUGCGACAGGGCAUCACACUUCAGCUGGCUGACAUGGAUGGUUCGUUAUGCUCAUUCCAGCAGUACCUGUACGACCGCUGGGCUACUUGCCCGCCGGUUGCGAGAAUUCCUGGCGAUUUUGUGCCAGUAGAAUCGCAUGUUGUGUACGGGAAGAAGAUAGCGCAAACAAAAUGCUGGAGCCAACGUCUGGCAGAUAAGUACUCCGAUCGUGGAGCCGUGAGCAAGCCGAACGUUUCGCAUGUGGCGGAUAAGAAGGCUGCUGCCAACCAUGCUGGCAAGGGCGGCGCCCUCUCAUCCGAAGCGACGCCGCUGCCGGAUCGCUUCGCAGUCAAAGAUCCUGCACCUCCCUCGCACAAGGUUGCAAGGACACUGCAGAUUUAUUGGAUCAACCUGGACUCUUCGAAAGAUCGUCGUGAUGCCAUGGAGAAGAUGUUUGCAAAGCUUGGCGAAACCAAGCCGUCGACGUUGACUCUCCAGGUGACGCGUGUGCCCGCAGUGACCACGCAGGAGGUCAAGGCGAUGCAGGCGAACGGCACGGUCGUCGUCGAAGCAAAGCUGAUCGAUGCCUGUUCGGAGGCAUGCCCGGAGCAUCAUUCCAGGGGCGAGCUGCUCUACACCGAGAUGGCCUGCAGCCUCUCGCAUUUGCGUGCGAUGAAGCUGGCCUCGAGCCAAGGCACACCUCCGUUGGCGCUCAUCAUGGAGGACGAUGUCGAAAUCUAUCCAGAGUUUGGGCGGGAUCUAGACAAACUGAUCGAGCAGGCGCCGGCUGGUUGGUCAGCUUUGCAGAUGUCCACUGUGAGCACGAAGGCGAUUUUACAGCUGGCCAGUGCCGGGACAAUCUUCCAGCCACGGGAGCCGCAUUUCGAUGGCACCGGGUCCUAUUUGAUUGCUGAGUCAGGCAUGGCGCAGCUUCUGGAUCGAUAUGCGAGCGGGCACUUUCAGCGAAAACCCUGGCUCCCUGGAGCUGGGUCACUGCAGGCAGAAGGUCUUCUCUUUGGUGCACUUACUGAAGGCACGGUGUACACCAGCACACAUUUCUACUUCAACUUGUUGGAGUUCCCGACUACCGUUCACGUCAUGUCCAACUCCUCCGAGUGGUAUGCCGUUUCCAGCGUCGCGUGGCAGACAAAUUUCAUGCAGCGCCAUCGUGGGCGACUGCUCCCGCCCAGCCCAGCUUUCGGGACUCCGGAAAGACUUGUGAAGUCGUCCUUCCUUGCCAUGACUACGCUGGUCUGUCGAAACAACACUGGCUUCGAUGGAGAGAGCCGCUCCAUUGCCGCCUCAAUUCGCGCAAUGACGCCAUACAACUUUACAUGGGCUGUUUAUGUCAUCAUCGCAGACGUGUCGGAAGAUGGCAACUGCCCUGGCCUGGAGAGCUUCCUUGAGCUGCGGCAGCCGAACGUGCGCAUGUUCUACCGAGUAUCUCCUGGCAGAUUCUCGAAGUGGGUUUAUUACACAGAAGAUGUGGAGCAGUUUGCAAAUUAUGAUUACCUCAUGGUGUUCGAUGCUGACAUGGGGUUAUCGACAUUCCCAUGGGCGGAUUAUUUUCGAAGAUAUGAAGAUUAUGCUUCCAAGUGGGGGUUCGCUCCAGUCACUGGAUCUGUCCGGAACCGAUCUCCGUUCUACCCACUGAAAGCAGAUUGGUGGACGCGUUGCAAUAGGAACAGGAUUCGAUUCGUUGAAACAGACUUGGUCGAACAGUGGUUCGCCAUGCUGAGGGGAAGCUUUGCGACGUGGUAUCUUCGAAGAGUUGUGGAGACUGGAAUCAUCAUGGAGCAGAGAACUCUGGGCGUCGAUUGGGGUGUGGACUCUACCUGGUGUGGGGCCGCUGCAGAGUGGGCCAACCGAGAGGCCGGUUGUCUGCUUAUCCCCAUCGACAUGUACCACGGAGACACCAGAAGCCUGCACCAGGAUAUUGUUUUCCACCAGAACGGAGAACAUCUGACAAAUCUCUGGUGGGAAAGGCUGCCCGAGUGGAUGCGGGUGUCGCAGGUGUGGCUGGGAUCUUUCUUCCAGGAUCACAUGCUCGGAUGCUCUCCCUGCGGACUGGAAGAGCGUUAUCACAUGCCCAUCGACCUGCGGUCGGUCGUCCCUGUGGUGCCCACGAAGCUCCCGGACAACAUCAGCCAUCACAACGUACAAGCUUUAGACUCUGCAUCCGGGUCAGCAUAUACCACGAAUGGCAACAAGACCGGUGGCAACAGCUCCAAUGCAACGACUACGACAGAAGAGCCUGAGGACAGAUCGCACUCUCCAGUGCUGCAGCUGGCCAGCGCGGUUGCUGCUGCAAUGGCUCUCUUGCAGGCCAGUGGAAUCGAAGUUUCAUAUGGACAGCUACAACUUGCAACUCCUGACAGGUGCUGGCGUGAACUGCGAGCUCCACUAGCAAAGUCAGCUCUUUUGGACGCAGGAUGUUUGAACCCUGCACGGAGAAACUUAUUAAAUGUCUCUGUCCUGACAGCCGUCCAGUCGCUGGUGCUUGCCGGUGCCAAAAGUUAUUGGUGCCCUCUCUCAGCCGCGCAGACGUGA